CUCUGGCUGUCGCGAGUCAACGAAAGAUAAUUUGAUUGGUUAAGAGAACCUGGCACGAGGGAAUUAUAUUGUUUUCACGGAUAAAUAUUCAUUUUUGAAAUACAUCUGCGGAUAAGUGAAAAAGUCAUUACUUUUUACCAAACUAAAUCAGAAACGCAGUAUAUUUUCUACAUAAAAGUGAAGUGAAUACGUAAAGAAUAAAUAAAUAGUAUGGAGCAAAUUUUGAAAUAUCUGCUUUGCGCUGUUGUAUGUCUGUCCUUUUUAAAUGCAUUUACAAUAGCUGCUUCUCUACCAUACGACAUAGACCUUGAUAAUUUCAGUCCCGAGGAGAUAGAACAAGCUAUGCAGAUGGUUGAUGAUGUCCCGGUAAAGAGAGGAAUGUGUCGUUCUGGUUUCAUAUAUCAGGCAAUAACUCGUGAUUGCAUCCCUUCACUUGGGGUACUUCGUGGACGAGGGCGUCACGGGAGACGUGGACGACGUGGUUUAACAGCGUGGUCCUGGAGACGAGCUUAAAAUGAUGUUGUACGCGUGUUUAAAAAAAAACAGUUAUAAGUUAUUGUUCUAUGGUUGUGCCAUAACAUAAGCUAAAACUUUUGAUCGAAGUAUAAUAUAUUGUAAAAUGUUUAUUCAGUUUUGCUAUCAAGCACAGCAGUUUAAUUUCAAUCAUGGAUUAUAAAUUGCUGAGUCGUGUCUACAAAAUAAAGAUAUCCCUUUUCGAAAAUAAAUAAAAUGUGAUGAAUGUGGGUGAUAUGUAGAUUUAUAACCUCAUGAAACUUACUUUUACAAACUAAGUUAUUGUAAGAAAAACACGAAUGAUGCUACAUCAGUUCUUAUUUAUAUUUCAUAUUGUAUUAUGAACAUUAAGGAUUAUAUGUGCACAUUGCUGUUUGUAAAUUUGUUUCCGUUUUAUGAAGAUUAAAAACAUUACUUUUUGUGUAAUUAUCAUAAUAUCAUAUUAAAAGUUGUGUCAAGUUAAAGAAUAGUAAAGGCAUAUGGACAAUGUUAUAAAGUUAUAUUUCAGCAAGAUUGAAAUGAUAAUAUAAUUCACUUAAUUAUUAAAAAGAGUAAUAUGUUAUUGUCUAAAUUUAAAUAAAUUCUAUAUUAUAACUUUUUCCUCUUGGUAUUUAUUGCAAUAACAGAAAGGGUAAAAUUUACAAGAAGUAUCUUUAAAAAUGAUACCAACAGAUUCCACUGCAACUGUCAUAUUCCAUAUGAUAAAUUUGAUCUAAUUUAGAGAACAAAUAUGAAUUUCAAUCUUCAUAUAACUUAUUUAAUUAUUUUUCGUAUAUAUCUGCACAGCAGAACAUAAUAAUCUUUUAUUUUAUGCUUUUCAUUGGAUUACUGAUUUAUCCGUAAAAAUUAUAUUUGAUAAUUUCACAGUGAAAAUUAUCAAAAUAUAAUUUCACACUUUUCAAUGACAAAACUACUUGUUUAAGAUUUUCCCCAUGUGAUACCUCAAUUUUAUUUUUGCUGACACUUCUGACAAUGUCAGGCUGUGUAAAGAAAAAGCAAAGCUGAAAUUGAUAAAUAACUUAAAUGUCAAAAGUAAUAAAAAGAAGAAAACUUACUUCUAUUCAUUCAAAUUCCAAUCACCAAAUUUCGUCUCUAAAUUUUUUUGUUUCAUUUUUACAGUCUGAAAAAUACAUUCCUUCCCAAUGCAAAACUGCUCUUGAUGACAUUUGGGCAUAUUAAAGUAUCCUACGAGCAAUAACUGCCGUAUGCUUUAUGAAAAAUUGAAAAGCAAUGACAGCCAUCACUCGAAA